AUGGAAAACUCAAAGCCCGCCAACUUCGUCCUUACAUUAACCACACUCUCACUCAUAUUCACACUCUCCCAAGCCCAACUAUCAGAGACUUUCUACAACAGUACCUGUCCCAAUGCGCUUGGUAUAAUCCGUGCCACCAUCCAGCAGGCGGUUCAGCGCGAGCCUCGCAUGGCGGCUUCGCUAAUCCGCCUACAUUUUCACGACUGCUUCGUGCAGGGCUGCGAUGCUUCGAUCCUUCUGGACGAUACCCCCACGAUCCAGAGCGAGAAAUCGGCCGGCCCAAAUGCCAAUUCCGUAAGAGGGUACGACGUGAUCGAGGCCGCCAAGAGCGCUGUCGAGAGCAUAUGCCCUCUUGUGGUGUCCUGUGCUGAUAUUCUGGCCGUGGCAGCACGUGAUGCCGCUGUUUUGAGUGGCGGGCCGUCAUGGGCCGUGAAGCUGGGGAGAAGGGAUUCCACAAUAGCAAACCUUGAUGCCGCAAACAGUGAUCUACCCGGCCCAUUCUCCACCCUUGACGGCCUCACUACUGCCUUUGCCAAAAAAGGACUCAAUCAAAGGGAAAUGGUUGCCCUCUCAGGUGCACACUCUAUAGGCCAAGCCCAAUGCACGUUCUUCCAAUCGAGGAUCGACGAUGUUAAUGCAUCCGGCAUCGACCCUGGCUUUGCUGCCCGACUGAAUCGCACGUGUACAAGGGGCAGUACUAAAAUGGCCCCGCUCGACUUUGCCACGCCAAACACGCUCGACAACAAAUACUACCAGAACCUUGUCGGUCACAAGGGUCUCUUCCAGUCGGACCAGGUCUUAUUUAGUACUGUCGGGUCCAAUUUUACAGCCGCACUCGUCUCCAACUACAGCGCCAAGCCCAACCUCUUCAGCUCCGACUUUGCAAAUGCCAUGCUCAAGAUGUCCGAGAUUCAGCUCUUGCUCGGCACCAACGGGACCAUAAGGAGGGUUUGUAACGUCACUAGCUAG